AUGGAUGACCUGCUAAGUGGUGCAUCUAGUAAGGAGGAACUUCUGUUGCUGCAGCAAAGAGUGUCUGAAAUAUUGCGGGAAGGUGGAUUUGAACUCCGAAAGUGGGUGUCGAACUGCGUGGAACUAAAUGCAAGCAUCUGUAAUGCAGCUGAAACCAUAUCGCAUUACAUCGUCGACGAUAAGGAUGUUCAUGCGUUAGGUCUGAUCUGGAACACGGAGGCAGACUACUUUACAUUCACUGUCAGCCUGAAGCAACCACCCGCUAGUUUGACCAAAAGAGCAUUUUUAUCAGACGCAAGCACGCUAUUCGAUCCGUUGGGACUGCUUGCGCCUGCAACUAUAAAAUCAAAGAUGUGGUUCCAAGACAUUUGGCGCACCAAUGUAGGUUGGGAUGACCUCAUUCCUGAUCCAUCGCAACGAAAUGGUUGGAGCAUCAAUUGCAGCAGCUCGCACACUUGA